GCGAAGACCAUGGCGUUCAUGGUGAAGACUAUGGUGGGCGGCCAGCUGAAGAACCUCACCGGGAGCCUGGGGGGCGGCGAGGACAAGGGGGACGGGGACAAAUCGGCGGCCGAAGCGCAAGGCAUGAGCCGAGAAGAGUAUGAGGAGUAUCAGAAGCAACUGGUGGAAGAGAAGAUGGAGCGGGAUGCGCAGUUCACGCAGAGGAAGGCAGAGCGGGCCACGCUGCGGAGCCACUUCCGAGAUAAAUACCGACUGCCCAAGAACGAGACAGAUGAGAGCCAGAUUCAGAUGGCAGGUGGAGACGUGGAGCUGCCCCGGGAGCUGGCCAAGAUGAUUGAGGAGGACACAGAGGAGGAGGAGGAGAGGGCCUCCGUCCUCGGGCAGUUGGCCAGUCUCCCUGGCCUAGACCUCGGCUCACUCAAGGACAAGGCCCAGGCCACAUUGGGGGACCUCAAGCAAUCAGCUGAGAAGUGCUACAUCAUGUGACUACUUCCUCUGGGGCUGCCCGCUGGGGUGACCAGAGGGCUGGGCCCACGUGAGGGCUAAGAGCAUGUCCCAGUGUUCAGGGACCCAUACCCCAUCUUAGUUUUGUUCCCCCUGUCCCAUGCUAGCUCAGGACCCUUCCCAUCUGUGGCCCAAGUCUGCCUUCUGGUCUUUCUCUUUCCACUAGGAACAAAGUCCCCAUUCCUCACCCUUCUCCUCAGGACCCACCCUCUCUACUCAGCCUGGAGAGGCCUCCUAAGAUUGUAGGAAUAGGCCCAUCCCUCUCUGGCCAUUGCCCUAAGUUCCUGCACACAGGAUCACGCAUAGAGAGACCCACAGAGGGACAUAGAAGCUGUGGCAUGUGCAGAGGCGUAUGCCACAGCUGCAUCCUGGCACACCCUGGCACACCCUGGCACAGACGCACAUACACAGGGUCUGUGGGCAGAUACCCUCAGGAGACAAGAGGCCCAAGGUUGAGACUCCACGUUCAUUCUCCUUGAAAGCCACUGCUCUUUCUGGGUCUCAUUUCAUCAUCUCUAAAAUGGCGAUGGACUGGCUAAUUUCUAAGACUUUCUGGCUUGGCCUCCCUGCCUUCGGAGCCAACCCCACACCACUCCUUGGGCAGGACAGCAGCUGUAGCCGUAGCCUCUAGUGGCUGCCGUUGUACUGUGGGCUCUGGCUCUCAGGAGCUGAGCGAUGCUGUGUGAGGGGCCGAGUGCCAAGGACGAAGCUGGCACUGAACGGUAGCCCAGGCGGCUCUAGGCCUUUUCUGGACCCAGGCCCAGGCAAUUUCUGUUCUGUUCCCAUAGAACUCUCUCCGGAUUCCAUAGCUGGAUCUCUUCUCUCCGCUCAGCGAAAAAUAAAAAUUUGAAAAGAUGUACCUAUCCUCCCACUUCUUAUGGACCUCCAGGAGUCUUGGGGUUCACAGCCCCACAACCCUCCUCAACCAUAGCUUCAUAGGAAUGCCAGCAAGCUCUACCCUCUGGGGACCCUGGGCAAGAGCAGGGUCCCCACACUGCCCCAGCACCAAGUCCAGCCCGGGGCCAGAAUAGGUCUGGGCUUUGAGGAGGAUGUGGCAGCCAGCCGGAUGGGGAUGCACCUGGAGAAGGUCAGGCCUCCGGGCCACUACUUGGAACCUCAGGAGGGGCUGUGGCUCAAUCACAGCUGUCUCUGGCACCUGCGCCUAUACCCCCUUCUCACCUUGGAGAUGGAAGGUAUAACAAAAAGAAGGCAGGGCAACCGCUUUCCAGCCCUGGCACUGCUGUGUGACUUAGAGUAGGCCCCUUUCCCUCUCGGAGCCUAUUGUCCCUGCUGUGACAUGAAGAACUACCGCCUCCCUAAAUAAUAAUACAUGUUUUAAAGCCGUCUGGAAA